GAUGAUUAGUACCAAAUCACGUACCAAUAAAUAAAUCUAUCAAUCUAUCGAUUUAUUAAUACUAAUCAUCACAUAAAUUAUUAUUUUUAAAUCGCAGUUCCAUACAUGAUACACGAGGCACAUUAUUGUAAGUUUUUUGAUGUUUUUAUUCAUCGACGGUUUUAUGCCCUAUCAGUACUGCAGAGUACCGAGUACCUAGAUUGUUUGAGAAGCCUGCCAGGAUCCCUGUUUUGAUAUUUUAUUCCUGAUUCCUAUCCCGUGACCAUGACCACACCACCAGAUACCUACUCCGUCACCAACCCGGCUGUCACAUAAAUUACAGUAGAUACAUGCUUAAGGAAAAAUUCGGCCAAGAUAUGUCGCGCCAUACUCAGUGUAGGGUUUCGUAGUUACCAUUCUGUCAGAACAGGCCAAACGGGGGCUAUUAUUAAGUAUCAUGUACAUUAGAAGCAUAAGGGACUAAGGGAGUACCUUCGCAUCGCUUUGUACGUCCUUUUCCUAAGAAGAGAAGAUUUUUUGCAAUAACUCAAAAACGGCUGGACCGAUCAUGUUCGCUAUAGCUUUUAUUGAAAGUAUUUGUUUACACUUUUCUUUCAUAUUUUUGGACCCAUGGUUCAAAAAUUAGAGGGGGGACAUUUUUUUUCUUCCGGAGCAAUAAUAAUUUCCGAAAAUAUUAACUUUACCAAAAAAAAAAGUUCUUGGGGACCCUUAUUAGUUUUGAAAGGCCUUUCCAACGAUAUCCCACACCAUUGGGUUAAGCGAAAAAUAAAAAAUAAAUGUAUGAGAGGAACCCUAAAAAAUUUUUAUUUCUACUUUUUAUUUUACCGUUCUGGUGCUAUACAUGAUUCAUGUAUCCCUGCAGCUGUUUAGCACUAGCAAUCACGGAGCAAAGCCACAGACGGACGGACAGACGGACAUGACGAAACUACAAGGGUUUCUAGGUGACUACGAAACCCUAAAAACCUAUCUACAAUCAAAAUAUUAAGCUCUAGUGAGGGCAGAGCGACCAAUUUUCAACAGAAAAACAACUUAACGAACUAGUUUAACAGGCUCAUACCAUGACGUAAAUCACAUGGGGAGGAACGUGAGGAGACUGAGGAGUAAUGGCAAAGCAGGCAUCUCGGCACAAUGCAGGCCAAUUAUAAAAGGGCAAUGGGUUCACUAACUGCCGUAUAAAGUAUUUAUAUGUCAAAUAGUCAACGAAGAUAAUGUAGAGUUAUAAUCAACGUUGAGGUUGGCGUUAGUAGAUGUCCUUUAAGUUUUUUUAAUAUAAUAUAUGCAUUAAAAUAAAAUUAAUUUCGGUGUUUACAAGCCCGACAUUGGAGAACGAUCAGUUUAUAACUAACCUUUGCCGCGAAGCGUUCGAAUUUCCUAGUAUGGCCACUAUUAUAUUUUUAUUUCUAUUGACGUUCGCGUUUAGUUCCAGCCAAUCUGGCUAUACCCAGAGUUCGGAGCUGGUGCAUCCGCGGGCGGCCCGCGCUGCUCCGAAUGCAACUGCCGUUGAAAGUGCUCGCACAUAUCCGGCGCCAAACAGAGCCACUGGCUUUGUUGAUUUCGUAAAUUUGUUCACCGAUGUGCCGAUUUCUAUAGUGCGGUCCAUCAGCAGCGGCGGCAGCGGUAUCAACGGCCUCCCAGUCUCCUUCAACGACAACAACCUUGGAGCUUUGGGUGAAAAUUUCGUCUCCGAUUUCAAGUAUGGCUUGCGUAACGAAGAUUGCGACCUCCGAUGUGACCAGCUCAUUGCUAAAUAUGGAUUUCCUGUGGAGACUCAUGAAGUUGUAACUGAGGAUGGGUAUAUCUUGAAGAUGUUCAGAAUACCUAGCGACGGCGCGCCCGUUUUAGUACAGCAUGGACUGAUUGGAAGCUCAGAUGACUACGUGGUGGCUGGCUCGGAAAGUGGGAUAGCGUAUUUACUAGCAAGGGAUGGAUAUGAUGUGUGGUUAGCUAACUCACGUGGCUGCAAACAUUCUCGCCGACAUAUCAAAAUAAAACCUUCCCAAGGUACUUUUUGGGAUUUCUCCUGGCACGAAGUGGGUUACUAUGAUCUUCCAGCUAUGAUCGACUAUACUCUGAACGUCACCGGUCGCGACAAGCUUAAAUAUAUCGGGCACUCUCAAGGAACAACCGCUUUCUUUGUGUUGGGGUCUGAGCGGCCAGAAUACAUGGAUAAAAUUGCCUUGGCGGUGGCAAUGUCGCCGGUCGCUUUUAAUUCUCAUAUGAGAUCUCCGUUCAUACGGCUUUUAGCGCCUUCAUCAGGAUUGUUAUAUGCGGCGUCAAGAGCUUUCGGUAUUCACGAGUUGGGACCAGAUAACAACUUGAUGAGGCUCGCGCGGUGGCUGGCGUGCGGCACGGGGCCCCUGGCGGAGUUCUUCUGUUCCAACAUCAUGUUCCUUGUAGCGGGGUUCAAUGUUGAGCAGUUGAACGUCACGAACCUUCCUGUAAUAUUCAGCCACAUGCCUUCAGGAGCUUCAGCGAAACAGUUAGUUCAUUACGCGCAAGAAAUUAUAUCGAAAAAGUUUAGGCAGUUCGAUUACGGGGCGGAAGGGAACAUGAAGCGAUAUGGGAGCAGUGAGCCUCCUGAAUACGACCUCGGGAAAGUGACAGCGCCAGUGUCGUUGGUGUACAGCGAUGCCGAUUGGCUGGUCCACCCCCGCGACGUGGCCAAGACGGAGAGGCUGUUGCCGAACGUCGUCGACUCGCACAAGGUGCCUAGUAAAAACUUUAAUCAUAUGGACUUUAUUAUAGCGAAAGAUGUGAAACAAUUAAUUUAUAAGAGGCUGAGUAAAAUAUUGUCUCGUUAUUAAGAUUCGGUAGUGGGCUCUUUACAAAAUAUGGUAGGUAGCGGUAUAUUCGACUGUAAGUAGGUAAAUUAGGGAACAAAUUGUAAGUUGUUAAAACAAGGUGUAUCAAGGUAUGAACACCUUUUGAGUUUAAUUAUAUUUUUAAAUGAUGUUACCGACUUUUAAAAGAUUUAUUUUAAAUAAACCAGAAUUGUAAGAUUUACUCAAAUUGAAAUUAUUAUAUAAGACUGUCAAAGACUGCAUAAUGAGUACGUUUACAGAAAUAUUAAAUGAAAGUAUGAACUCUUUUGGUUGUCUUCGUCUUAAAAUAAUAGUUUUAAUAAAAUUAAAUAUUAUAUUAAUUGAUUCAAUAUCUACCUAUUUUUAUUUGAUGUUUCACGUGUCUUGUUAUUAUCUAAUAUUACCUCGAUGACCAUGAACAAGGCCGUGAUUGCGAGAUUAUAUAAGUAUACAAAACCGGAAAAUAUAUGUUACUUAACAAAGUAAAUGUAUGUGAUAUAAAAUA